AUGAAUACAAACAAAUUGAGAAUGAGUAAGUCUUUGAUUAGAUAACGAUAAUCUCCAAUACCCCCAUUAGAAAUAAAACUCUAUGUUGGUUAACCUUUAAGUUAAUCACCUCCUUAAUAAAAAUUACAUCAAAUGACUUUUUAGUAAAGAUUAAGGUUGUAUUAUAAAUCUCAAAACACUUUAACUCCAAAACCAUGGAACCCACCUUCUGAAGAAUAUGGAACAAUUUUAAGAUUGAUUUCUGUACAUGAAGUAAUUAAACCAAAAAAAAAAGAAUUGUAAAGUCGAACCUCAAAAAAUAUAUUAGGCAAAACAAAUAUUCAUAAACGAUUUGUGACAGACAUGCCUAAAAUUUAAAAUGAUAUUGCUCCCAAGAAAAUAACAUUAAAUUUUAAAUCACCCAUUAAUAUAUUGAAUAAAAGUAAUUCUUUUGGACCUUGGGAUUCUCCUUUUUGA